AUGGGUGAAUCGCGGCAAGAGCUUGUGCAGUGGCUCAACAGCCUCCUGCAGCUCAACAUCACCAAGGUCGAGCAAUGUGGUACUGGCGCCGCCCUCUGCCAGGUCUACGACAGCAUCUUCCAAGAUGUCCCCAUGUCCCGAGUCAAGUUCAAUGCCAACACCGAAUAUGCAUACAUUCAGAAUUUCAAAGUCCUGCAAAACACCUUCACCCGGCAUCACAUCGACCGAUCGAUCCCCGUAGAGUCGCUCGUGAAGUGCAAGAUGCAAGACAAUCUUGAGUUCCUGCAGUGGACCAAAAAGUUCUGGGACCAAUACUAUCCCGGCGGUGACUACGAUGCCGUGGCCAGACGGAAGGGCGCCCCAACCGGACCUGCUGGAGGUGCGGCUCCCCGCGUGACGGCGUCUGCGGCGAGACGUCCGGGUGGGACCACUCCCACCACCGGCCCUCGAGUUGGGGCCAAGGCCGCUGCUCCCAGCGCCGCCUCUCUCGCCCUGCAACAGGAGAACACCACCCUUAAGGAGACCGUCGUCGGCCUUGAGAGGGAGCGUGAUUUCUACUUCAGCAAGCUCCGCGACAUUGAGCUCCUUGUCCAGCAAGCUGUGGAGGAGGACCCCGAGCUCGAGAAGCAAGAGGACGGCCUGGUCAAGCAGAUUCAGACCAUCCUGUACUCGACCGAGGAAGGCUUUGAGAUUCCCGAGACGGAGCAGCUUGACGACCAAGAGACAUUUUAA